AUGCGUGGAGCCUUGCUUGCAGCAGAAACUCGUGAUUCCAGUCUUGCCGAUUAUCGCGAUCGCAAGAUAAUAGCUACCGACGUGCAACCAUACAUGACCCAAGACUUCUCUCCAAGAGAAGACAUCCAUGUUCACGACAGCGACUGCGAGAGCGAUGAUGGUCAGUUGGUGGAAGAAGCAGCUCUUAAUUGCUACUUUCACGUCGUCCAAGCCUUUGCACAAAAGAAGGGUUACUACAAGAAGAUUAAAUCGCGCGACUUUGCCAUUACAAGACGUGAAAAGCCGAGGGGUAGCUUGAAAGGUACAGCUUUCUCGCAUGUCUCGAACAUUGCCAGGACCAAAUCAAUCGAACAAAGACGUACUGUCACAGCAUUGUACAUGUCGAAUUGGAGAACUCGUGGGGAAGCAGCUGCUGCCGACCACUUUGAGAAAGAAUAUUGCGUCUUUCCGCGAUGGAACUGGAAUUACUCGUGCAGUGGUGAGGGCGGGGUAUACCCCUCCAACUGUCCCAACGAAAGCUUUAAUAGACAUGGAAUCAAGAGCAUAUGUGCAGACUGUGCCAAGAAUGCUUCGCUGACACACUUUCUUGUUCACACAGCACGGUCUUUGCUCAAGGAUGACUCACACAGUCGCAGCGACUCUGCAACCAUCGAAUUUCCUGUGACGUGCUCUCGCUUGAUGGUUUCCAUUACCGGCUUCAUGAGAGAAGGGAUUGAUAUCAUUGAGAUGGGUGGUGUGGAUGGUUCUGGAAGAGCGACUGGCUGGCUUGGAAAUAUUCGUCACAAGAUUGGCAUCCCCCUUGACCAACAUCGUGUUAGACUCAUCAAUGCAGCCCUUGAUGGUGACAGCAGGCCCUUCCUCAAGAUGCACAAGGGCGCAUCCCAAGAUACAAUUGCAGACGCAAUGGUGUCGGGCACAGUUGUGAAAUCACAAGCCCGUGGAAGCACUGUUCACAUGUACCAGAGUGGACUUGCUGUGGGAAAUAAGAGACGUUGUCUCCCCAAGAUGCUCGAGUCCUUCGAGAGUUUCCUCUGCACUCUGCAGUAUCAGCAACUGGUCAAUGUCGUGACUUACUUGCGAUUGUCUCCCUUUGGGGACGAUAUCUCCCUUUAUGUAAGAGCCAAGACCGAAGAAGAACUCGUGAACCUGCUUGUUGCCUUUUAUGACAACACUUUGAGCUAUCGUGAGAUGUUGUCCAAGGGUACCACCACUUAUUCCCAUGUUAGAACAAUCGUCGAUCGUAUCAGAGUAGCUGGAUCUGGAAAGGAGAACAAUACAGACAAUGACACGAGUGGUUUCGAAGGUUUACAAAGGGCUUUGCUUUGA